UCAAUUACUAUAUAUACAUAUAUAUAUAUAGUAAGUAUCACACAUACACAUUUAGUGAAGUAGUGCAUUGAUUUAAAUUGGUAGCAAAAAGAUGGGGUCAGUGGAAGAAAAUCACGAUGAAGUGUACCAGACUCUGCUGCUGGGACUGGACUCUCACGCUCAGAUUCCAGGUUUGUCGUCGGCCGCCGUGGAGGAGUUCUUGUCACACAGGCCGGUGGCUCUCCGAUGGUAUCCUCGCCUCGUGGGUUGGGAGUCCAGGCUCCUCUGGCUCCUUUCGGGAGCUUCCAUCAUCGUUUCCAUUUUCAACUACAUGCUCAGCUUUGUCACCCUCAUGUUUACCGGCCAUUUAGGCGCGCUGGAGCUUGCCGGAGCCUCCAUUGCCAGCGUCGGAAUUCAAGGCCUCGCUUAUGGGAUCAUGUUGGGCAUGGCAAGUGCUGUUCAAACUGUGUGUGGGCAGUCAUAUGGAGCCAGAAAAUAUGAGGCAAUGGGUGUGAUUUGCCAGAGAGCAAUUGUGCUCCACAUUGGGGCAGCAAUUCUGAUAAGCUUCCUCUACUGGUAUUCCGGGGCGGCCCUGGAAGCCAUGGGACAAUCAGAGAGCAUAGCAGAGCAAGGCCAAAUUUUCGCUCGCGGUUUGAUCCCUCAACUCUAUGCAUUUGCAAUAAGCUGCCCGCAGCAGAGGUUCCUUCAGGCACAAAACAUUGUCAACCCUCUGGCUUACAUUGCUGUUGGGGUAUUCCUUUUGCACGUUCUUCUCACAUGGGUAGCUGUGUUUGUGUUGAACUAUGGCCUCAUCGGCGCUGCCCUCACACUUAGUCUCUCUUGGUGGCUUCUGGUCCUCAUUCAAGGCCUUUACAUACUCUUCAGUCCGAAUUGCAACCAAACAUGGACCGGUUUCUCUGUUAAAGCAUUUCGAGGGAUUUGGCCGUAUUUCAAGCUAACUGUUGCUUCUGCUGUUAUGUUGUGCUUGGAGAUAUGGUACAGUCAAGGACUUGUGCUUAUAUCAGGCCUUCUAUCAAACCCUACCAUCGCACUGGACUCCAUUUCCAUUUGCAUGAAUUACUUGAACUGGGACAUGCAGUUUAUGUUGGGGCUUGCAGCAGGAACAAGCGUUCGAGUCAGUAAUGAGCUUGGUGCUGGUCAUCCGAUGGUUGCCAAGUUUUCAGUGCUGGUGGUGACCACCACCAGUAUCAUCAUCAGUAUAAUUUUCAGUGCAAUUGUACUAAUAUUCAAGGUUGGAUUGAGCAAACUCUUUACAACUGACACUGAAGUUAUUGAGGCUGUCUCCAAUUUGACCCCACUGCUUGCCAUCUCUGUUUUGUUGAAUGGCAUUCAACCCAUACUAUCAGGUGUUGCCAUUGGGAGUGGAUGGCAAGCUGUAGUGGCAUAUGUUAACCUGGCCACUUACUAUGUUAUUGGUCUCCCCAUUGGAUGUCUUCUUGGCUUCAAAACAAACUUAGGAGUAGCAGGUAUUUGGUGGGGGAUGAUAGUUGGAGUUCUCUUACAAACAGUAACUCUAAUUGUUUUAACUGCAAGAACAAACUGGAAUGCAGAGGUCACAAAAGCCGCUGAACGCUUGAAGCAAUCUGCAAACGAAGAAGCCUUGGACCUUUUGGACAACAUAUGAGGAAAGUCGGGUGUUACAGAACAUACCAUCAUGACAUCUUCUUCUUCAACUUACAGCAAAAGAGAAUUUACUCAAACUAGAAAAUUUUUAAACUCUAAUACUCCGUCUGUAAAAGAUGAAAAGAUGUUUUAUUGCCCAGAGAGAACUGUAUUUUGUUUUCCAUGAAAAGUUUGAACGAUAUCCAUCAAUCCGAACAAAGCUGUACAUGCAAGAUAGGAACAACUUAAGCUAUCAAAAAAAGCGUCAAUACCCCAUAUGUGCAACAGCAUUUUUUACUCAUUUCACAGACAAUGAAAAGUAGGAUUGAUCUAUUUCCAAAUGCUAUA